AUGCUGUCACCGUAUAAACUACUUCUGGUUCUCCAUGAGGAAGUUAAAGCUAAUUUAACCCUUCAUCCACAAAUAUCAUCAUUAAUCCAGUUAUUCCUAAAAUAUUUAAAGGAACCACGGUAUCAGUCACCCUUGACAGUUGCUGAGUUAUCACACUUAUUUCAUAAAUUUUAUCAAGAUUUAAAUGUACUAACCAUAGGAAUAUUCACUCAGUCGAAUUCUACUAAGAAACAGCUAAUUUCAAAUUGUCAGUUUUUCAACAGCUACCCUAAGAAUUUUGAUUACCUUUUAGCAAUUGCUAACUAUAGCACUUCCUCCAUAAAGUUAUUGAAACGUUCAGAUGAUGAUGCCCUUUAUCAAUUACGAGUUUUUAAUUACUACAAAUUUUUGAUCAUUUUUGAAUCGUUAAACUUGGCUCAGUUAGAACUUUUUAACUCAAUUAAUAUUGGGGACGAAGUUACAUUAUAUGAUAAGAUAUUCAAAUUCGACGAAAAGGAUACUGUGUAUCAAGAAUUUUUUGAUGACAAAUUGUCAAAUCUAAAGAAAUUGAAUUUGUCAUUUAAGUUAUUUAUAGAUCAUGAUGUUGGAGAUCAGGACCAUUUGAUUGAAGUUAUGGACAAUAUCGACAAAGAGGAUUUACUGGUAUUACAAGAGAAUUUAAUAGAUUUAGAAAAGACUGAAAGGAACCCAUUUUCGAAAUUAAUAUCGAUUGUUAAGUUGCACAAGAAUUUGAUAAAAUUGUUUAUUAAUAAAGGGUUUGAAAAUAAAAAUAUCAAUAACGAUUUGUUAUUGCCUUCAUUGAUAUAUCUUUUGAUCUAUAAACUUGAUAAUGAGGAACUUUAUUUGAAUUUCUUAUUCAUAAAGAACUUUUUAAAUGUUUUAGAUACCAAUCCAGUUGAGUUGUACAAUUUUAAUUUAAAUUCAUCAUACAAUCCAACUCAAGAAAGACUUGCAUCUGCUCUGGGUACUGCUAAAGUUAAACGGGGUAACAUCUUUGAACUUUUGAAUUUAUUUGAAAUUCAGGAUCAAGCUCAGAGCCAAGAAUUUGUAAUUGAUGAUGAUUUCAGGUUUUUCAAUAAUGACAAAGACUUAAUUACUUAUCUUUCUCAUGGAUUUUUAAAUACGGGUGAACUUUAUUUCUAUUUAACCAAUUUUGAGGCUAUUAUUGAAUAUUUAGCUAAUUGUACAGUGUCCGAAUUGUUAUCCAAAGAAGAAGAACAUUUGAAUAUUGAUCCAGAUUUAAGAAGAUUGAAUGUCUUAAACAUUCCAAUUUCAAAAUUAGUCGAGGAGGAAUUAUUAACCCAUUUCCAGUUCCCGGAUGGUGCUUUACAAGAGGAAAUUAAGCUAAAGCAAGAAGAAGAGCAGCUGCAACAACUGCAACGAGAUAAGUCUAGAUCAAGAUCAUCAUCGCUUAUUAAUACCAUCACUAAUAGAAUUAACGAUACACGUACGAGAUCAAACAGCUCUUUGAAGCAAGAAAUAUUUCCUAGUUUAGCUUCAGCUGAAGAAUCCAUUGAAGGUACUGGGCUUUCAAUGAUGAGAAAUAUUAUUGGAAGAUUCAGCAGUGCUAGUUCAAGUUCAGUCCCUCAGAUUAGUGACAACAACAACAACAACAACAACAACAACAACAACAACAACAACAACAACAACAACAACAACAACAACAACAACAACAACAACAACAACAACAACAACAACAACAACAACAAUCAAGAACAGCAACAACCGAUUAUUUCUCCCGAUAAAAGGUCCAAUUCGUUAUUAAACCGAGUCGCACCAACUCAUUCAAGAACUCGAUCAUCCUCCUUAGAAGCAUCAAUUAGUAAUCCUUUCACCCAUUCAAAAAGAAAUUCAAUUACUUCGAAAUUUGCAACCGGAGUUACUGAAUUCAUGACCAAAUUGAACCAACAACAACCGCAACAAUUACUGCUGGUUCCAAAUUUACAAAAUACUGUCUCCGAAAGUAACAACAUUUCAAAUAGUUCUUUGCAAUCAUUGGAUAAUGGGUAUAGUAAUGGCAGUAAUACCGUGGAUGCAGCUAGCUGUUCUUCUACGGUGGUUCCAAAACCUGAAGCUGGUCGCAGCAGAACCACCAGUCUUCAAAUAUUAGACAAAUGGUUUAAUAAUAUCAGUGCUAAUGCCCCUCAACAACUGCAAAAUACGAUAUCACAAUAUUCACCAAUUUCACCUGCACACCCAAGAGUGAAGUCUUAUCCCUUGCCAACAAAUCAUGAAGAACCAGUAAAUGCAAUUGACGAUGUUGAGCAAUUGACCAAAUAUCACAAUGUUGAUUUUGAAAGUCUUUCGAUUAAGCAACUUAGAGAAUUGAAGCAAUUUUAUGAUCAUUUUUGUUUUGGGUUGUUGUCCAACAAUUAUGAUAAAGGGAGUGGUGUAGUUACUGAUAAACUGCCAAGUCGGAAUAAUUCACUUGAUAACGAUAAGCUGCCAAGUCGUAACAAUUCCCUUGACAAGUUAAUGGCAAAAUUUGAUACUACCGAUCUUAAUAGUAAAGCCGAAUCUAUUGAUUCUAACGAGAAGAUUACUAAUGGAAAUAUAAGUACCAGUUUAUAG